ACAGAUCAAGAUGGAUCGCUCCAUGCGCCUUGUUUCAGCUGCCUUCGUUCUUGUCCUGCUUUUGGUGGCUACCGAGAUGGGACCAAUGGCUGUGGAGGGAAGGGGCGCUAAGAAGGUUGAGCCAAAGAAGAGGACAUGUGAUUCUCAGAGCCAAAAAUUCAAGGGGAUGUGCUUUUUGACAAGUAGCUGUGUGCAAUCUUGCAAAUCAGAGGGCUUCACCGGAGGCCAAUGCCGCGGUUUCCGCCGCAGAUGCUUCUGCUCCAAAAAUUGUUGAUGAAUUAGUUUAUCAUAAAAGUGUAUCUGUGUGGGAGAAAAACAAUCUGUGGGACCGGAGCGUGCUUGUGUAAUGAGAUCUAUUGAUUGACUCAGCUGUGCUGGGUUAAUUGCUUUUGCUAUCUAAUAAACUAAAUGACUGCAUGGAUCAUUUCUUUUA